CAAUCUGUUGCAAAAACGAGAAAGUGGAAGAAAUUACCGGAAGUUUACAAACAGUAACCGAGCAAGCUAAGAUUUAGCUAACAUUUUUAUUUUAUUUUGACUAACCGUGGAAAAGUAUCGGUUUAAAACAAACAUAGAGAAAAGAUGGUUUGUGAAAAGUGCGAGAAGAAGCUUGGUAAAGUCAUCACACCUGACACCUGGAAAGAUGGAGCACGGAAUACAACAGAGGGUGGUGGGCGUAAGCUAAAUGAAAACAAGAUGCUGACUUCUAAGAAAGCCAGGUUUGACCCAUACAGCAAGACAGGCUUUGCUACCUGCAGGAUCUGCAAGAGCUCAGUUCAUCAGUCUGGAUCACACUACUGUCAGGGCUGUGCCUACAAGAAAGGAAUCUGUGCAAUGUGUGGACGGAAAGUUUUGGACACCAAGAACUACAAACAGACAUCUGUGUGACAGUGGGCUGAUCAGAGAACUGUUCUAUGAGUGAAUAAUGGGGGAUGGGGAUGUGACUGAUGUUCAUGUUUGUCAUCUUGUCACAUUUUCAGUAUGUUUCCAAAAUGUCCUUCUCACCAUACAGCUAUAAUGCUUUUGUCUUAUUUUUCCCACCUUUGUGAAAGAGAGAGAUUUGGACCUGGCUUUGCCCUCUUAUUACAGAAUAUCAUAUAAUGCCACUGGAACUAUUACAGUGGCCAUAAACAGGGAAGCACUGUUGUAUCCAAAUACAUCACCGGUCAUUACCUGUUGAGGCUUCUAGAUUUUUUUUGUAUAUUUUAAAUUCAGUACUUAGGCUUUGAUUCUUUGCUUUUAAAUAAGUUGAUUUCUGUAUGUAAUAUAUCAAGCGUUUGAUUUAAUUAAACAAUUAAAUAUGAAGGACAUUUGACAGGAUUCUCAACCAUAAGCCAUAAAGGGUACAGUUUUAGCCUCUUACGCACAACAUACUCAUAUUCGUCCUAUAUGCCUGUAAUAAUUGGUUUACUCUUACAUAAUCAUAUUUGGAAACUGCAUGCUGCACUGUCAGUGAACCCCCCCCCAUCUCCAUUGCUGUCAGAGAUAAAGGUUAUAGUUCACAGGAUUUUGAUAUUUAAAGGCCUUGCUCUCCCUCAGGCCUUCAACCACAUGUGCGCACUCUUGUUUUUAUGUCUCAUUAUUGAUUUAUGCAGUUGUACCACAGCACAAAAACAGCAUCAGUAUCCAGCUAGCGCACAUAAUAUACAGUAGGUCAUGUUGGGAUGUAGCAAAUGAGUCAUUAACCUGCCCUGUUUGCUUAAUAUAUCACUGCCCUUUUGCUCCUGUUAUUCUGUGUGCUAGUGCAUUUAGGACAUCAGUAUUUUAUCUGUUUAAGAGAACCAGUGUAGGCUUCAUGUUGUGGUUUGAAAUUUGGGGAGGAGAGGAUCUGCGAUAGACUAGUUAGAAGGCAUCAAACAUUUUUAGAUACCCCUAUCGGAGGUAGAACAAAGAACAACAAUGUUUAUCAUAUUCUCUAAGGUCUCCUAAAUAUGACAUGGAUUCUUGUAUACAACUUUUUUACUGCACAAGUGAGUAAACUGACAGGUAUUGUGACACACCCCAUAAAUAAAAGAAGUGCAUCUGUAGUUGA